AUGGCGGCCAGGUGGUGGCUUGGAGUUGUAUGGCAUAGGGAGCUGGUGGUGGGGAGUUUUCGAUAUCUUGAGGCUGGAACUUUGGCGAAUAACUAUGCUCAUAUAUUUCAACUCCUCACGCGCUUGCGGCAGGCAGUUGAUCAUCCUUACCUUGUGGUAUAUUCUAGUUCUUCCAUGGGAAGAAAUGGAGGCGAGGUUGAUACUAGUGAUGGUGAACAAGUAUGUAGCUUAUGUCAUGACCCAGCAGAAGAUCCUGUGGUCACAUCAUGCUCACAUGUCUUCUGUAAGUUGUGUUUGAUUGAUUUCUCUGCUAGUGUGGGACAAGUCACUUGCCCUUCUUGCUCAAAACCACUUACUGUGGACUUCACUACGGAUAAGGAUCAUGGCGACCAAAAUACCAGAACAACCCUUAAAGGGUUUAAGCCCUCGAGUAUCCUAAACAGAAUCCGGCUUGAUGAUUUCCAAACAAGUACAAAAAUAGAUGCUUUGAGGGAAGAAAUUACAUUCAUGGUCGAAGAGGACGGUUCGGCAAAAGGAAUCGUUUUUAGCCAGUUUACAACAUUCUUGGAUCUGAUACACUAUUCCCUCGAAAAGGCCGGGGUUAAUUGUGUUCAGUUAGUGGGAUCCAUGUCUUUGGGUGCAAGAGAUGCUGCAAUUUCAAAGUUCACUGAUGAUCCGGAUUGCAGAAUAUUUCUAUUGAGCUUGAAAGCUGGAGGUGUUGCCCUGAAUCUCACUGUCGCAUCGCAUGUUUUCUUGAUGGAUCCUUGGUGGAAUCCAGCCGUGGAGCAACAAGCCCAAGAUAGAAUCCAUCGAAUAGGGCAAUAUAAACCAAUCAAGAUGGUGAGAUUUGUUAUAGAGAACACAGUUGAGGAAAGAAUUCUGAAGUUGCAAGAGAAGAAGCUACUGGUGUUUGAAGGGACCGUGGGUGGCUCUUCGGAUGCUAUGGGAAAAUUAACAGAGAAAGACUUGACUUUCCUAUUUGGCUUCUAAGCAGCAGGAUUGUACUUUUUGUUCAACAAAGAAAGCAAGGAAAUCGGAUGUGAUAAUGAGCAAUGGUUUUCGCGUAGCUAAUUGCUUGUUGCUUUCAAGCCCCUACCUCCCUCACAAUCAACACUCUCGUGAGGCAUCAUAUCCGAUGUGCACAACCCCUGAAGUAGUUGCUUCCUUGGUUUGGUUUUUUGGACCAAUCUUUUGUACAUGCUGUUUGUAGAACAUUUUUUCAUGUUAACAAGACUUUUUGAACGUCAAAAGAAAGAUAAAAUGACAGCAGCUUCUAGGAAAUUAUCGGAUGCUGCUGCAUCACUGCCAUUGCCACCAGGAU